AUGGGGCGGGCGCUCGGUACUCUCGGCUAUUCCCUGCUGCUGCUGCUGCUGCUGCCCGCGGUGCCAGGCUCCCCGCACCGCCUGCGCCGGCAGCCGCGGCCGGACAAGCGACUCUCCGGGAGCCAGGCGGCGGCAGACGUUGCCUGCAAGAACCGCCCCCUAGACCUCGUCUUCAUCAUAGACAGUUCCCGUAGUGUCAGACCUGAAGAGUUUGAGAAAGUGAAAAUCUUUUUGUCAGAAAUGAUUGAUACUCUGGAUGUUGGUGAAAGAACAACCCAUGUGGCAGUCAUGAAUUAUGCUAGUACUGUCAAAAUAGAGUUCCCCCUCCAGACAUACUUUGAUAAAGCAUCUAUGAAGGAGGCAAUAUCUCACAUUGAGCCCUUGUCUGCUGGUACAAUGACUGGCCUUGCCAUCCAAACUGCCAUGGAUGAAGUCUUCACUAAGGAAAUGGGCACACGGCCGGCAAGCUUCAAUAUUCCCAAGGUAGUCAUUGUUGUGACAGAUGGGCGACCACAAGACCAGGUUCAAGAUGUGGCAGCAAGUGCCCGGACAGCUGGCAUUGAGAUCUACGCCGUUGGGGUAGACCGGGCAGACAUGCAGUCCCUGAGAAUCAUGGCCAGCGAACCACUGGAUGAACACGUCUUUUAUGUGGAGACCUAUGGUGUGAUCGAAAAGUUGACAUCCAAAUUCAGAGGGACUUUCUGUGCUGCAAACGUGUGUGCACUUGGGACCCGUGACUGUGAGCAGGUCUGUGUGAGGAAUGGCAAAUCCUACCUUUGUGAUUGCUAUGAAGGCUACACUUUGAACCCAGAUAAGAGAACCUGCUCGGCUGUGGACAUGUGUGAACCUGGAAGACAUGACUGUGACCACAUCUGUGUGAGUAACAAUGGAUCCUACGUCUGUGAAUGCUACGAAGGCUACACCCUGAAUCCAGAUAAGAAGACUUGCUCGGCUACGGACAUGUGUGCACCUGGGAGGCACGAUUGUGGACAAGUCUGUCUAAGUAAUGAUGGAUCUUACAGCUGUGACUGCUACAAAGGAUACACUCUGAAUCCAGAUAAUAAGACUUGCUCAGCUGUUGACAUGUGUGCUCCUGGAAGGCACGACUGUGAGCAGGUCUGCUUGAGGGAUGAUCUUUCCUAUACUUGUGACUGCUACCAGGGCUACACCCUGAAUCCAGACAAGAAGACUUGCUCAAGAGCCAUAACGAGCAGUCUCAUAACAACUGAAGAGUCCUGUAAAUGUGAAGCCAUAGCUGCCCUGCAGGACUCAGUCACCUCACACCUUGAAGCUUUGUCCACAAAAUUAGAUGAAGUGUCUGAGAAGCUGCAGGCGUAUCAAAGCAGACAGCAGGUUGUUUAA